AUGGAGUCGAACAAGCUACUUCAUGUCCCCGAUCAAUCGGCCCCCCCGCCGCCCGCCGAGAGUCCUGCCGCGUCUUCAUCUAACCACAGCCGGAGCCCUCCUCCAGCCACUGCCAGUUCCGGUCUUCCAAGGCCGAGGCUUGAGGGACAUGAUCCGUUCGAUGCCGGCCAGCUCACGGUAGAGCAGGGCCAAGAGCUGCUCGAUCGAUUCCGCACAAAGCUCACUUCUCACUUUCCGUUUGUCAUAAUUCCCGCCGACGAGAAUGUGAACACCUUGAAGCAGACCAAGCCAGCCCUAUGUCUGGCGCUGAUGGCCGCAGCAUCCCACGAUGACGUUCGUCUUCAGCGGGCUCUAGGCCAGAUGUUCAAUGAACUAAUCGCCGCUCGUCUAAUUGAGGGCGACUUUACCUCUCUACACAUACUCCAAGGUCUCCUUGUCCAUCUUGCCUGGGCUCAUUUUCAACCGCGACCCAAGCGCUACACCCAGCAUCUACAUCUGGCUGUCAGCAUAGUUUCGGAUCUGCGUCUGGAUAGACCAAAAAACGUGCAAGGAUGGAAUGUUGAACGCUCGGAGCGGAUGGGAACGGCCCAGCAUUACGUUGAGUCUCUUGAUGAACAGAGGGCUUUCCUCGGAACAUACUAUCUCUCAUCUUGUUCGAGCAUUGUUCUCCAAAAGCUCCGCAUCGUUACCCUUACAACAUAUAUGACGGAGACUGCUGAUCGGCUCGCCGAAGUAGCUGAGUACCCAUCGGACCAGUACCUACCUUACAUCAUUCGCCUUCAGCGGGUCGCUGAAGACAUCGAUGACAUCGUGAAAAACGAGUCAACGCUAGAUCCAAUGCAAAUACAGGCGGCCGUUUCAGAUGCUAAAGAAAGGAUAGACCUUUUCAAGAAUAACUUGUCGUUCCCUCUAGGAGACUGUCCAAUUUUGGUACCCCAAAUGCAUACGAUCCAGUUGUGCCUCAACCAGCUCUCGCUUCCCGACGCGCCUUUCGCUCUUCAUAAGCCGCAGAAUCCCUCGUCACAGCGACUAAUUCAGGGAUUAUCGGAGAGCAUUGUCUCCGCAAAAUCCCUCGUCAGCAUCCUCCUUCAUACCCCUCCAGGCCAGGAGGUGUACUUCCCUAAUAUUGUUUGGGUCAUGCUACACUGCGGAAAUACUCUGGCAGCCCGCCUAGACCUUCAAGUAGCGGACCCAAGGAUAAGCUUCAUGACAGAACAUCUUCGACAGUUCUCCGACAUUGGUCACACCAUUCGACAGGUUGUGCUUAGACUUGAGUCUGCGACGUCGCCAGACGUGGACGACAGAGGUGAUCGAGAUUCUUUCUACCAUUUUCUCAUACGCACGAAGCGUGUUGAAAAAUGGUAUCUAGAUCAACAAAAGCUUUUCACAAGUCAGCAUGGUGUCUCGCCUCAAGGACUCAACGUCCCCACGACAAGGUCUCUCUCGAGCCUUGGAACACCGACCUCCAACCUGUCGACUCAAUCAGUUGGGUUUGAUUAUUCCGUCGCGCCGUCAGUGUUCUCGCAACCAGCCAUAGCUUCAGCAAGCAACGCCAUGGCAUACACAGAUUUCACACUACCCGAAAAUGCUGCGAUGACCUCGAACGCCGAUUUCCCUGUAGAUUCUCUUGCAUUCGUAAACGACACUUUCAUACCGUUCAAGAGCUGGAACUACGCAAUGGGGAGUGAUCAUGGGGGCAGUGCUCAGUUUUAG